AUGGCCUUUGCAGCCUCCCUCGUCGAGCUCCAAGCAGAGGCCAGCUGCCCCAUCUGCCUGGAUUACCUGAGAGACCCAGUGACCAUUGAGUGUGGACACAACUUCUGUCGCUCCUGUAUCGACCAGCGCUGGGAAGGCCUCCAGGACAUUUUUCCCUGUCCUGUCUGCCUGCACCACUGCUGUGAAAGGAACUUCAGGAGGAACACUCAAUUGUGUCACAUAACUGAUAUUCUUAAACAGAUUCCCACCAUGAGGAGAAAAAGGAAAAGACAAGAGAAUCCCUUCUGUAAGGAGCACCAUGAGGUUCUGACCCUGUUCUGUGAGGAGGACCUGGAGCUGUUGUGUCCCCAGUGUGGGCACUCCUCGGACCACGGGGGUCACUCCCUGAUUCCUACUGAGGAAGCUGCUGCCAGUCACAGGAGGAAGCUCAGAAGCUACAUUGAGCCCCUGAGGGAGCAGGUUGAAGAUGCUGAAAAGGAUUUUGAAAUGCAAAUCUCAAAAGAUUUUGAAUUGAGAUGGAUGAUGGACAAUCAAAGGAGUGCAUUGCACUAUGAAGUUGAACAAUUUAAGCAUUUCUUGGAAAGCGAGCAGGAUGAAAUUCAUACUAGGUUAUUUAAUGAAGAGACAUGUGUUCAAGAAAAAAUAAAUGAAAAGAAAACACAAAUAUUGAACCACAGUUCCAUAUUAAAAAGCCUGCUCAGUGAAAUUAUCAGAAAGUGUUUGCAGACAGACCUGGAUUUACUGACAGGUAUUAAAAGUAUCCACAGCGUGUAUGAAAAUCUAGAGACCCCAGCAGCCUUUUCAUGUGAGUUAAAGGAGGAGACUUUCACUCUCCUCCCACAAUAUUUUGGCUUGCACAAAAUGAUCAGCACAUUUCAGGUAGAUUUGACACUGGACCCUGAAACUGCUCACCAUAAUCUUACUAUCUCACCAGAUAGGAAGACUGCAAUAUUUCAGAUGAGGAAACAAAAUUGUGUUCAGAAUCCCAAGGCAUUUAAGUUUUACCCAGCUGUCCUCAGUACUGAGGGCUUUGACGCUGGCAGGCAUUUUUGGCAGGUAGAAAUAGGAGGCAAAGGUGAAUGGUCCUUAGGUGUGUGUAAAGAAUCUUUCUCCAGAAAUGCUCUUUUGUCACCAUCCCCAAGAAAUGGCUGCUGGCAAAUUCAGCUCUGGACUAGUACAUUUCGCCCAUGGGACUCAGUAAACCCCAGACGGAUUGGCAUUUUUCUGGACUAUGAGUUAGGAGAAGUUUCAUUUUAUAAUUUGAAAAACAGAUCACAUUUAUAUACAUUCAAUGAGAGUCUUACAGAAAAACUUAUGCCCUAUUUCUCUAUUGGACCUUCUUCAAAAUCACUUACAAUGAGGCUAGUCAAAGAUGAGUGCUGA